AUGUCUUCUAAGGUCCAACUCUUCAUCAAUUCAGCCACUCAGAGGGCGUCUUUGUUUUAUUCGAAAACGUUGUAUUUUGGUAAGGUUGCUUCGGAGUUGACGAAGACUGUCUAUUUCAAAGAGGGCCUGCAACCACCAAACCUAUCUGAUUUUGAACUAGUUUACUGGCGUUUAUACAAACAGUUUUUACAUGCGAGUGCCAGACCUAAGGAAUCGCUUGCCUUGGUUAGGGGGGUUACUAAGAAUGACUGGAUUAGAUAUGGUUCGUAUGGUGUUCAAUUUCUAGGUCUAUAUUCAUUAGGUGAAGUUAUUGGUAGAAGAAACGUGAUUGGUUAUAAGAACUACUCAGCUUAG